GGGGCCAUAGCUUGAGGUGAGGCGCUCCAGCCCCUGGGGCGGCGCCUGUCCCAGGGUCGCUGCGAUCUCUUUACCCCCAGGGCGGCACGCGCAUGGCGAGUUUCCAGCCGCCCUGGUAUUCCGCCGUCCUGGCUCGAGUGCUCCUGGCUCUGGUCUGAGUCUAAGGCCCGAUUUCUCCAUACCGGACACAGAACCUCACCGUGAUUGCCUCCCUCCCGCCGCCAGCGCAGGCUCGCCAGAGGCAAUGACGACCAACCCGUUCAAGUUCAACAAGGAGGACCCGAUGGGCGUGCAGUACGCGACCCUCUUCUACUUCCUGCUGCUGAUCACGAUCGUGCUGGCGUGGGCGUCGCAGCCAAAGGUCGAGAAGGCGCUGGGCGCCGAGGCGCGCCGUCUGAAGUGGCUCUACCUCGCCGUCUGGUACGUGUGCGUCGCGGGCGACUGGUUGCAGGGGCCCUACGUCUACGCGCUCUACGACGCCUACGGCUUCAGCCGCCACGAGAUAUCGCAGCUGUUUGUCGCCGGCUUCGGCUCCUCGAUGUUUUUCGGGACUUUUGUCGGCUCCUUCGCGGACAAGAUCGGGAGAAAGAGGGGCUGCCAGCUCUACUGCGUACUCUACAUCGCGUCUUGCUGUACCAAGCACUUCGCCAACUACUGGGUCCUCAUGGUCGGGCGCGUCACCGGCGGCAUCGCCACCUCCCUGCUGUUCUCCGGGUUCGAGAGCUGGCUCGUGUCGGAGGCGUGCGAGAAGCGAAGGCUCGACAAGGACGCACUCGGGCACAUCUUUGCCCUCAUGUGGUUCGGCAACUCCCUGGUGGCCAUCAUCGCGGGGAUCCUGGGCGACGUCACCGUGGGGUUCGGCGGCCUCACAAAGCUCGGCGAGACUGCCUUCCACGUGGGGGGCUUCUGCUCGCCCUUCGACCUUGCCAUACUCUUGCUGGUGGUCGGCCUGCUUCUCAUCAGCUUCCUAUGGGAGGAGAACUACGGCACCUCGGAGGCCUCGCAGCCCGGCAGCGAGCAGGAGGGCCUUGCCAAGCAGGUGAUGGACGGCGCCCAGGCCAUCGCCAGCAGCAAGAAGUUGAUGAUCAUCAUGGGGAUGGUGGCGUGCUUUGAGGGGUCCAUGUACACAUUCGUCUUCAACUGGACCCCGGCGCUGAGCAACAAGCUGUCCACGCCUGCCUUUGGCAUGGUCUUUGCGAGCUUCAUGAUGGCGUACAUGUGCGGCUCGUCCACCUUCGACAUCCUCCGGGGCAGGGGCGCGUCGGCCAUCCAGCUGGCGCAGUUGGCGUUCUUCCUCGGAGCCGCUGCGUUCCUCGUCGCCGGCAUCGCGUUUAUGGUCAGCCUGAGCGUGACGACCAUGGGUCUGAUCUACUCGGGCUUCAUUCUCUUCGAGUUCUGCUGCGGGCUCUACUUCCCGUCCGUCUCCACCAUCAAGGGCCAGGCCGUGCCGGAGAGCAUCCGCAGCACCGUCUACAACAUCUACCGCGUGCCCAUGAACGCGAUCGUGCUGGGCGUCCUGCUCGGGAACAUCACGAUGACCUCCGUGUUCGUCACCUGCUUCGUGCUGCUGACCUGGGCGGGGCUGUCCAUCCGCGGCCUCAAGGAGGAGGGUGAGAAAGACCUCGGGGCGUUCGACGUUCUCACCGCGGGGCCCAUCCUGGGGGGCGCGAAGGGCGACGUGGAGAGCUACGGCGCGGCCACCGCCACGGCUCAGUGAGAAGCCUGCGCCCUCGCCCCUGCCGCCGAGGGGCGCCGCAGGCUCCGCGGCGCUCCCAUCGCAGAGGUUCCAUGAGCAGCCCGAUCGUCCAGUCUGCCUGGGUCCUCUGCUGCUUCUGCUCGGUGCACACCAUGCGCUGCAGCGCGAUCAGAGCACCCGACGUCUUGGUUAGGACGUCGGCGCGCCAGCAAAACAAGCGUCUGGCCGCCCCGAGACACGCAUAUCACCCGCGGCGGAGGGUGCUUGUUUUUUCACUGUGUGCUCGUCCGUCGGCGCGUCUUCUCCC